UGACAACCGUAAAAUAUCAAUGAGGAAGUUAGUUUAGUAAACAACACAGUAAGGUGUUCGUUGUCUCAACUCGACUUUCGACAUAGAAGGUCGUGAUUUAUUUCUUCCUUUAGAUAAGAUCCUCCUUUGUUCACUUUCACAGACAGGAACUAUGAACAGAAAAAGGUUCCUCAUUUCUGAAACGUUUGGUGUAAAGAAGCGAAGAUUUGGAGGUGACAGUCUUAUCGGAAAUCCUAAACAUGAAGUUGUUCAAGAAGGACCUUGUGACGUCAGAGCUACCUUGCAGUACUUGAUGACGCUUUUUCCGAGGAAGUUGUUUGACGACAGCCUUCCACUGAUUGUCUACAAACACCAGCUAUACAGUUUACUCAGUGACAAAACGCUGGUCGACAAGCAGCUGAAUGAGUUGAGGGAUAAAGGAGAACUGCUCAUGUUCCAGCUGGGCUUCGACACAGACACGUUCGCAGUGGUGUUUACUGAAGACUACAAAGCGAAAGUCUUGGCAGAACAGAACGGAAAAGACACUUGCGCAACCGUCGAGAAAUUUUUAGAUAAGGUUCUGCCUAACUGCAUAGGAUUGAGUUUCAGCAAAUGUCAAAUGCUCACAGAGUUUCUAUUCACAGAUGCCGAGAUAACGCAGCUUGUGAAGUCAGGAGUGUUGACAGUGAGAGAUGCAGGAAGCUGGUGGCUUUCAAUUCCAAACUCUGGUCGAUUCACCAAAUACUUCAUUCAGGGUCGCAAAGCUGUACUCAACAUGGUCAAGAAAUCAAAAUACAAUGAAAUCCUAAAGGCAGAUUUGGAAGCACGUCGGAACAAAUCGCAAAUCAAACUCGAUAUCAAGUACCACAUUCAUGACAUAAUAGGUGCAGAACUGGUAGAAUGCAUACAGACCACAUCAGGGCCUUUAUUAAGAUUUGUGGACACUUGAUCUUCAUUCAGCUUACCGGAAAUGAACGAACUGAGAAACUUUGAUAUUUCCUUUUGAGCAUCAUACAGGAGAAAGAUAUUUUGUUAUAUAAAGGUGAGAUGGUAAGACGUGCACAACAGGGAUAUCGAUGAUGAACUGCAUCCAAACAUGUCUGUCUUUAAUGUUGCAAGACUAAAUAUGUGUAAUGGUCCACCUUGGGGACAUUUACCUAAAUUUGCUUCCAGUGAGAAGCAGGACUGUGUUGCCUUAAAUUCAGUGAGGUUUUUGUUGUUAAACAGCUGGUUGCACAAAUUUCUUAUUUGAAAUAAUGGAUCUUCUGUUGUCAACUCAACCAAAUACGUGUUGCUGUUCACCAAUAUUUAUUUAUUUUGCUUAAGUAAAAUGAAUUAGGUGGCAUGAUGGUGAGCAGGCAAUUGUUCUUGCCUCAUAGCUCCAAGGUGCCGGCGUUUUUUCUUCCCACUUGGUAUUUGAUUUUGCAUCUCUAAAAAUAACUAACAAAAAAGUGUGAAUGAGUUGAUUGCAUUUAGCUCUGUAUUCCUCCAAACACUGUUGAUAUUGAAAAAGAAUGAAUAAAUAAAUAAAUUCUGUAUCCUGAUUCAUUUCCAUGUA